GAGGCUCAGAAGCCAAAAGAAAAAGAGCCAGAGAGACACAGAAGAAAAGCAAGAGACUAAAACCGAGAGUGAAAAAAAUAAGAUAUUUUGAGAAGAAAAACGCGGGGGCCUGCAGGUGCCAUGAAAGGUUUCACUUUCCUGGCGAUUCUUGUGCUCGUGGUGUUUAUACACAGCGUCCAGCCUGUCUACGUCCAGAUAGGGAAUUUCUCCCUCCCGCUGGAGGAUGUGAAGCAGCUGAAGGCAUUUUGGAGUCUGGACACCAACGUUAAUCCCCGUCUGAAGAGGAACAUUGGUGCCCUGUGCGCAAGUCCAGAGCUCCCGGUGGAAUAUCACCAUAUCUGUCUAAGAGAAGAUGCACCCGAGAUUUUCAGACAGCUGUUAAACAUGGAUGCCCAAGCCAUAGAACUGUGUGAGAUCUGCGUCAAUGCGGCGUGUGCCGGCUGCUGAUGAAACCGUAUGCACAGGAAGGCCAAGUUCUGCAGUCUUGAUUCUUACCCUUCAGCUUCACAUGUCUGGACAACACGGCUAUCUUCUGGUACGUCCUCACUGCACUCAAAGGGGGACUGCAGCCUAUGUAGAUGUACCAAGCCAGCUUGUUGGAGACUGAUAACAGAGUAGCCGGAUAGCAUGAAGCUCCACGCUGCUUGCAAAACCUGUUGUAAGAGGCAGUGCGGAGCUCAGAUCCACAUGCAGCUCCAUGCUGCCACCACUACACUGCUGUUAGUUCACAGUGGCAUUAGUUUUAGGUUUUUUAGAGGUACGUCUACCCGAGAUACAGCCGCACCUUUGACUGCAGUGAAGAGGCACUUUUCUGGGAACGCUGUACGUUGAAUUUGCUCUCAGCACUAGAGUCUGGGUCACUGUUUCAAUCUCCACAAAUUUUGUCGAGGAGGGUGGGGGGGUUUGGGGAAUAGUAGUCUGCUAUAAAAGCUUUGGUACAUCUAAUUCAGUGGAUGAUUAGUCACCAUCUGUAGGGGCAGAUCUAGCAGCAUGGCAAAAACCUUUAUUGUGACACAUUCUGUGAAAUACAAAGGCAAUGCUCUUCUGGUGCAAGGCAGUUUUACAGGAGGUGGGAUAUGGGCAGGAUUGGUUUAGCGCCCACAUGCAUUGUCCGAACGAAGUAGCGUGCGCCAGAUCAAUGUGGUAACAGCACGUGCGAGCCAGCUGAAAGCACUCCAGUCAGCAAUGAUCACAAACCAGACAUCUGCCCCCCAUCCCUUUGCACUAGACUGCUUUGAACAAGGGUUUUCCCCAGCACGAGGCUCACCCACCCCCCAGAAAGGAUCAAUGCCUUUCCAAGGAUGCUGUGCUGCUAGCAGUGGCGAUCCAUCCCCUAAACAGAGGCCUAUGGCUUCCCCAUAUGGCAUCAUCAGUAGUUUCUCUGCAUGCUGCAAAGCAGUCCCAAUGCUUUUGGAAUGAUCUCCGGAAAUUUAAGGCUAAGAAUAUUUCCCUUUGCUGUAUCUCUUUUUCUGUUGAUGUAAGAUGCUCCUAGAGGGUAUGACCUGGUAGCUUUGUGCAGAUGGUUGAUUGGCUUCGUGGCACACUCAUGCUCUUUGCACUUUUGUGGGUUUUAAAUGCUUAACUUAUGGCAGUGAAAUAAAGGAUUUGUGCACACGA